UUUCAACAGUGCAGUCGGUGGGGUUUUCUCAGUGCUUGGUAUUGGGUUUUGUGGUUAAAAUUUUUUUCUACAUCAUGAAGGUUUUUGUAACAAUUUGUGCUCUCGUGGUGGCUGCAGCUGCUGACAUUUCGAUUCAGGAACCGCUGGGAGAUCUGCAGCCUCCAUUCGAUGGAUACCCUUCAAAGGACUUCAACGCUCCAUGGACAGGAGACUUGAACGAUCCUCAAAAACCCAUCAACGUCAUCCAGAACAACGAAGUGGCUGUUCCUCAAAAUGACCAUCAUCAACAUCAUCAUCAUCAUCAAGAACAGCAUGCCGACAAUCAUCAAAACCAACACCAUGGACCAAGUACUUCCUCCGUCAGCGUUAACGUGAUCCACCCCAAUUGGGCCACCUCCUUUGCCAACAUUCAGCGUUUCGAUCAGUGGCCCUCAUACAUGACCCCGGUGUCUUACAUCGCCCCGGCUCCAGUGACUCCAAUCUUGGCCUCUUACUCUGCCCCAAUGGCUCCAAUCGUCGCUCCAUACCCACCAGCUUUUAAGCCAUCGCCAGAAUGGAACCACUGGAAUGAGCCAGCAGCUCCCAUCAUCGCUGCUCCAGUUCCAGCUCCAGUCCCACUUCCAGUUCACAGCCACGGUGGCUGGGCCAAGGCGCCGAUUCCAGUAGCCAAAUACGUUGCCGUCACUCCAGGAGCAGUGCAUAUUGCCCCACUUCCGGGGCACACCGUUUCCCAGAAGAUCAUCAACCUCGCCCCUGCUCCUGCUUGGUGAAUUUCUCAUCUGCCAAUCAGUAGCUACAGACUGUGUUGUUGUUGACUAGUUGUAAAUAAACCGAAGACUGCAUUCGACUAACAUGUGAUCAUAAAUUAAA